UUAUAGCCACCAAUAUAUAAUAUAUAAUAUAGCGAAAACUUGCACUGCACCAACAUUUCUAAAAAUGGUACCUGAGAGAAGACUGCUGCUGGUGCUUCAUCUAAUAAUACUCUUCCAAUUACAAGAAACGGCGGCAGCCUCCUUGGCACUGGAUGGCUGCCAAGAAAAAUGUGGAGACAGGCAAAUUCCUUAUCCAUUCGGUAUAAACAAGGGUUGCUAUUUCGAUCGGCAAUUUGAAGUCAAAUGCGACGAUGGUUCAGCCUCUCUAGUUGCCUUCAAAAUGGAGUUACAGGACAUCUCCAUAUCACAUCACCAUGUACGGGUUUCCAAUUUCCCAGUUCUAAGUAUGACUUUCAAUAGAUCAUCGGGAGAAACUAUGAGAAAACAGCCUACUCCUCAAAUUGAUUUUAGACGUUUCAGUUUCUCCCACACGAAAAAUAAGUUUGUUGUAAUGGGAUGCGAUUUGUAUGCCUACAUUGUUCAUAAUACAACUAAAGAGUUCCUCACAGGAUGUGGAUCUCUCUGCAACCGUGCUGACGUAGUCAGAUCCACUUCAUCUUGCUCGGGCUUCGGUUGCUGCCAGUCAAGUUUACCAAAAGAUUUCUCAAUUUUUAAUUUGUGGGUUAAUAGAAUAAAUACCGUGAAAGACUCCUGGCCAUCGGAUCCAUGUGGUCUUUUCUUUUUUGUAGCCAAGGAUGUGCCAAUUGACCACUACCAGAAUUUAUCCGCUUGUAGUAAAAGAAAUGUUGUCCCUGUAGUCUUUAACUGGACAAUUGGAAACACCACUUGCAGCAAUGCCAAGAAAACAACUGACUAUCGCUGUGGCCCGAAUAGUAAUUGUUAUGACAAUGGCGGAGGUGGGGAAUACAGAUGCAUAUGCAAUCCAGGAUACCAAGGAAAUCCUUACCUUCCCAAGGGAUGCCAAGAUAUUAAUGAGUGUGUAGACCCCAGACGCAAUGACUGCCAAGAGAGAGGCCUCUGCGUGAACACACCGGGAAGCUACUAUUGCCAACGUAGUCCAGGACAAAUAUUGGCAUUGAUCGUCCCCUUAGGAGUUGGCCUGGCUGCUGGCCUUCUAAUUCUGGCAGCUAUUAGUCUCUUUCUCUUCCGUGAAAUUAAGAAAAUGAAUAAAAGGAAAAUUAAGCAGAAGCUCUUCAAGAGAAAUGGUGGUUUACUACUUCAACAAAAGAUCUCUUUGAAUACGGCAAAUGCGUUUCCCGAAACAAAGCUCUUCUUGAUCGAAGAGUUGGAGAAGGCAACAGACAAAUUCAACAAAAGUCGUAUUAUUGGCAAAGGAGGGCAUGGUACUGUCUACAAAGGAAUGCUGUCAGAUGGGAGCAUAGUGGCUGUAAAAAGGUCCAAUAUAAUUGAUGAGGGUCAAGUAGGUCAAUUCAUAAAUGAAGUUUUUAUUCUGUCUCAUAUAAACCAUAGACAUAUAGUGAAAUUGUUAGGCUGCUGUUUGGAGGCUGCAGUUCCAUUGUUAGUAUAUGAAUAUGUGCCCAAUGGCACCCUCUCUCACCAUCUUCAUGAUGAGCCUAAGGUCUCGACAUUAUCUUGGGAGAACCGUCUACGUAUCGCUGCAGAAAUUGCAGGAGCUCUUGCUUACUUGCAUUCAUGUGCUUCAACAGCCAUUUUCCACAGAGACAUCAAGUCGAACAACAUAUUGUUGGAUGAGAAUUAUAGGGCUGUAGUUUCUGACUUUGGCCUAUCGAGGUCAGUAUCCAUUGAUAAGACUCACUUAACGACACUCAUAGGGGGCACAUUCGGUUACUUAGAUCCCGAAUACUUCCGAUCAGGGCAAUUAAAUGACAGGACCGAUGUUUAUGCAUUCGGGGUAGUUCUUGCUGAGCUCUUAACAGGACUUAAAGCCAUCUCUUCCAAAAACAGCAAUGAAAGUCUAGCACUUUGUUUCCGAUAUGCCCUGAAAGAGAACCGUUUGUAUGGGAUUCUGGAGCAGCUAGUGGCAAAUGAAGGCCAUAAAGAGGAUAUUGUUGCAGUUGCCAAGCUUGCCAAGAGAUGUCUAAAGCUUAAGGCGCGAAACAGACCAAGCAUGAAAGAAGUGGCAUCGGAACUAGAACAGCUGAGGAGGACGAGAGUUGUCGGUUCUUGAAGAGAGUUCUAAGGACAACUACUAUUCCAUAAGUAAAAGCUCAAGCUCCAACUGUUGCACCGAUGAAAUUGCUGCAAAGGGCGAUCAAACGACGUAGGGGACAAACUAGCUCCACUUGAAUUUGGAAGUUAGAAUUUUCCUUCAUAUAUAAACGAAGAUAUCACGUUGAACUACAUGUGUUGAAAUGUCUUGUAAUCAAAUUCCAAGAUCUGUUCUUCUUGUCAUUACUAAAUGCAUUUCUUAUCCCUACUAUAUAAAAAAGAGAAUGUGGAGAAUGUAAAGUUACUGUAGAAAGUAACAAUGACUUAAUCCAUUUUGUCCCACUGUAUCUUUUUUGUUUUGUUUUGUACAAGUGGAGGAGCAAAACGACGUUGUUUGCCUUGAUA